AUGGUACCAGUGCCAUCAGUGAAUAAGGUGUAUUCUAUACUAAUGGAACAUGAAAGCCAAAAGACUAUGGCAAGUGCUUCAGCUAGUCUAGAUGCUGGUGAAAUGGCUGCCAUAAUGACUAAUAGGGUUGGAAAUCAACAAAAGCCAAAGAAGAAUUACAAUCUCUACUGUGAUUACCACAAAUUGAAAGGUCAUACUAGGGACAUAUGCUACAAGCUAGUAGGAUAUCCAAAUGAUCACAAGUUCAAGAAGAAAUACAACCCUCAAGGAACAGCUAAUAUGGCGACUGAACACCCUGCACCAGCAACCUUCACUUCUACUCCCACUGCACCAACCUUCAUACCAGAACAGUACCAGCAAAUCCUGCAAUUGCUCAACAGUGAGCCCACAGAAGUUACAGCUAAUGCAGCAGAACUGGAAACGAGUACUAUUACAUGCUUAAUGACUUGUCUGAAUCAAGGUGUUUGGAUUAUAGAUAGUGGAGCAUCCAAUCAUAUGACUCCAAGGUUGGAUUUACUGCAUAAUGUCGUUUCAUUAAAUAAAAGUCGUUCAGUUCACUUACCAAAUGGAGAAUUAGCUGACAUUGCCCACAAUGGUUCAACCAAUAUUUUCAAGGAUCACAAAAUUAGUGAUGAUCUCUACGCUGGCAAGGUGUUGGGGAUUGGUAGUGAAUCAAACGGGCUUUACAUUCUUAAAGACUGCACUCAGAAGAUACAGUUGAAUACACCAAUUGCACAUACCACAGCUAUGCAGACUACAACACAAAAAAAAUCAGAGUUCAAUAAAGCUGGAAAUUUGGCAUCAGAGGCUUGGACAUCUACCUGUGGAGAUUUAUGGGGACCCUACAGAGUACCUACUCGUGAUAAUAAAAGAUUCUUCCUUACAGUAGUAGAUGAUUUCUCUAGAUCCACUUGGUUGUUUUUAAUGAAUGUUAAGGAUGAAGCCUAUUGGUUAAUGAAGAGGCUUAUCUGUAUGAUUCAUACACAAUUUAACUGUCAUGUCAAGACAAUAAGAACUGACAAUGGAUUAGAAUUUGUUAACUCAGAUAUGAGGCAAUUCUUAAAAUCACAGAGGAUCAUUCAUCUGACUACAUCUGUAUAUAAUCCACAACAGAAUGGGGUUUUGGAAAGGAGACAUAGAUAUAUACUAGAGGUAGCUAGGGCUUUGAGGUUUCAAGCUGCAAUUCCACUAAGAUUUUGGGGAGAUUGUGUUCUCACAGCUAUGCAUAUUAUAAACAGAAUACCUUCUACAGUUCUGAAGGGGAAGUCUCCCUAUGAGAUGUUGUUCAAUACUCCACCUUCCCUUGAGCAUUUAAAAGUCUUUAAAUGUUUAUGCUAUGCUGUGAAUGUGAGAAGGCAGGAUAAAUUUUCAGCUAGGGCACUGCCUGCUAUCUUUAUGGGAUACUCACCUACUAAGAGAUACAAAUUGUAUGAUUUGUACUCUAAGCAAUUCCUGGUCAGUAGAGAUGUGAUCUUUAAGGAGCAGAUUUUUCCUUUCAAGCACAUGAAGGUGUCUUCCAUUCCCAUUUUUCCAGUCCUUGAGUUAGCUAAUCCAGUUGAUGUGCCACCCAUAAAUGAUGCAUCUCAGCCUGUAUAUGAUGAAUUUCCAAAUAUUGGUGAAAUGCAGAAUGCUAAUGAAAUGCCUGAAGAAGCAGACACUUCACUUGAUGAUCAAGAAGUAGACAUUUCACUUGAUGUACCCCCUCCAUCAGUUGGUGAAGCCACUGAUGAUCUCCCACAACACCAAGGUACCACGGACAUAUUGCCAAUUUCAAUCAGAAAACAUCAUAGAUUUACAGGUCCACCUAAGUGGAUGCAGGACUUUGUCUCAACUUCCUGUGCAUAUCCAAUGACAAACUACCUGAACUAUGACAACUUGUCCUCUUCCUAUGCAAAGUGUCUCAUAGCACAAUCUUCAGUUGUAGAGCCAAAACACUAUGCUGAAGCUGCAAGAGGUGCUAGAUGGUGA